AUGCAUAUAUUUUUUAUCAUAUUUACGAUUGUAUUAUUAGUGGAAUCAAUUGGUGCUACAUAUAUCAUUUCUACAACUCAAGCAAUUGAACGACAAUUUCAAGUACCAUCAAAAUUAUCCGGUUUUAUGGUUAGCGCUAGUGAUUUUGUAUACAUUCCUACGGUUAUCUUCAUAUCAUAUUUUGGUUCUAAAGGGAAUCGAAUUAAAUGGAUUGGUAUUGGCACUUUGAUGACAGCAAUUUCACAUUUACUCAUUUCUUCAUCCAAUUUUUUAUUUCCAAUUGAACAACAAAUUCUCAACUAUACAUCUCUUCAAAAACGUUUAUUUCCAUCUGAGGAGCUUUUGAUGUCGAAUGCUAAAUUUACGCAACUCUUUGAUUAUGAACUUAUAAAAGAUCGUAUAAAUGAAAGUGUAAGAGAUGAUUUCCUGAAGAAAUUACUAUCAUUGAAUGAUCAUUCAUUUCAUAUGAUACCAUCAUGGGAAUUAGAAUAUAACAAUGAAAUGUUAACUAUCAAUGAUAAUUACACGUUAAAUGAACCAUUACUAUCCAAGAUUGUUCGAAAGAUUCAUACGGUAAUUGAUUACAAUACAAGUAGUAAUGAUAUUAAUGAAGUGAAGAGUUUGUUGCAAAAAUAUGUCGCUGAAAGAGCUAAUAAAACAUUGGAUGAUUUGGAUAAAAUACAAAAUAGUAUUCGAGCACCAUUCGCUUACUGUUCCAAAUUUAUCAAUGAAAUACGACAAAUUAUUAGG